AUGUUUUCAAUAGUGCUCUUAAUAUCGACAAAUGGUAUUGCUGGAGUAGUUUCUAUCGGAAGUGGUUUAGUUUUGACUUCAAUUCUAUUUAGCACUAUUUUGUGUUUUCUCUCUGAUUCUGUGUCAAUAUUGGUUGUUUUAAGGAGCUCUGUUGGAUAUAUAAUAAGGUCUUCUAUUAGAAAAGUUGGGAAUUCUAGUAAAAUGUUUUCUUCUUCUUCUAAGAUUUGA